UAGCAUCCUUGAUUAGAAAUUGAACCAGCAUUUUCACUUGCAACUCUUCCUGGGAGAGCAAAAUCAAGUUCCGAGGUGCUACAGUCUUUCUUUCUCCUUUCUCUAACAAAUCAUGAAGAUCAUGGUAGCCAUCAAACGGGUCAUUGACUAUGCCGUCAAAAUCCGGGUCAAAACCGACAAGAGUGGCGUAGAGACCAGCAAUGUGAAGAUGUCGAUGAACCCGUUUUGCGAAAUCGCUCUGGAAGAAGCGAUCCGGAUCAAAGAUUCGGGUCGGGCCGCGGAGGUUGUGGCGGUGAGUAUCGGCCCGGCUCAAUCCGUGGAUACUCUGCGGACCGGGUUGGCCAUGGGCGCGGACCGGGCGAUUCACGUGGAAGCCCCGGCGGCUGCGCCUCUGUACCCGCUUUCCGUUGCAAAGAUUCUGAGAGCUCUUGUUGAAAUUGAGAAGCCCGGGCUUCUUCUCCUUGGGAAACAGGCAAUUGAUGAUGAUUGCAACCAGACUGGUCAAAUGGUUGCAGGGCUUCUUCAAUGGCCGCAAGGGACAUUUGCUUCAAAGGUCAUUCUGGACCAAGAAAAGCAGGUGGUUACUGUUGAUAGAGAGGUCGAUGGCGGGAUUGAAACGCUGUCUUUGGACCUACCCGCAGUCAUCACCACGGACCUGAGACUGAACCAACCGAGGUACGCAACGCUCCCGAACAUCAUGAAAGCGAAGUCGAAGCCAAUAAAGAAGAUCACUCCUCAGGAACUGAACGUUGAGAUUGAAUGCGACAUGGAGAUUGUGCAAGUGACUGAGCCUCCCAAGAGAAAAGCCGGCGUUAUACUCUCAUCUGUGGAUGAGCUCGUUGACAAGCUGAAGAAUGAAGCAAGAGUCCUUUGAUUCUCUUUGCUCAUUUCUUCUUCAUUAUUAAUAAUAAUAGCUCCUUGGGAGGAACUUUGGGCUUCUGAAUGAGCUUGUUUCACUUAAAUAUUGGUUCAGCCAAAAUCACUUCAGUCCAGAUAAGUUUAAUUCCGUUUCCUUAGAUUACAAUUACGAUUAACUUUCAUGCCAAUUCAACCAGAGCACCAAAUAGGAUCUAAAAAACGUUUGAAGAGUAAAUAAGUACGAUGAAU